AUGAGUGUUGUAUUUGGGUCCCAUUAUGGGUCUCCCACUGGGUCAUUGGAGCAAGUCCCCUUCCCUCAGCUCACAGUGCCCAUCCCCAGAUAUGCCACCAAAUACCUGAGACUUUUUGACACCUCUGUUCACACCCCCAGCAGAGCAGAACUGACUCCUCCAGAGACCAUGGGCAGAGGCCCUUGCUCCACAUGGCACACUUGCCCAGUGCAAACCAGAACUAAAGGCAGGGAGCUGAAUGAAGUCUUCAAAGUCCAGAGGAAGCAAAUGUCCAACAGCAGCUCCCUCAACGAGUUCCUCCUCCUGGUGUUUGCAGACACACGGCAGCUGCAGCUCUUGCACUUCUCACUCUUCCUGGGCAUCUACCUGGCUGCUCUCCUGGGCAACAUCCUCAUUAUCACUGCCAUAGCCUGUGACCACCGCCUCCACACCCCCAUGUACUUCUUCCUCCUCAACCUCUCCCUUGUCGACCUUGGCUCCAUCUCCACCACGGUCCCCAAAUCCAUGGCCAAUUCCCUCUGGAACACCAGGGCCAUUUCCUACUCAGGAUGUGUUGCCCAGGUCUUUCUGUUGGUCUUCCUGAUAACAGCAGAGUGUUCUCUUCUCACUGUCAUGGCUUAUGACCGCUACAUUGCCAUCUGCAGACCCCUGCACUAUGGGACCUUCAUGAGCAGCAGAGCUUGUGUCAAAAUAGCAGCAGCUGCCUGGGCCAGUGGUUUUCUCAAUGCUGUGCUGCACACCGGGAACACAUUUUCAGUACCACUUUGCCAAGGCAAUGCCGUUGAGCAGUUCUUCUGUGAAAUCCCCCAGAUCCUCAAGCUCUCCUGCUCAAACUCCUACCUCAGGGAAGCUGGGGUCAGUUUGGUUAGUUCCUCUUUGGGCUUUGGGUGUUUCAUUUUCAUUGUGGUGUCCUAUGUGCAGAUCUUCACAGUCGUGCUGAGGAUCCACUCUGAGCAGGGCCGGCACAAAACCUUUUGCAUGUGCCUCCCUCACCUGGCUGUGGUCUCCCUGUUUGCCAGUACUGUCAUGUUUGCCUAUCUGAAGCCCCCUUCCAACUCCUCCCCAGCUCUGGACCUGGUGGUGGCUGUUCUGUACGUGGUGGUGCCUCCAGCAGUGAACCCCCUCAUCUAUAGCAUGAGGAACAAGGAGUUCAAGGACGCACUAAGGAAACUGAUUCUAUUGGUACUAUUUCGGCAGCAGUAA